CGCAGCAAGUCUGUCGCCGGCAACGGUCGAUCGCGUUCAAGUGUUCGGUUCUGAUAAUUCGCGGCCCCGAGUGGCUGGAAUAUACGUGUCCUCGGAAAGUGAUCCUCCCAACGCCGGAGGGAGUUGCGUUUUUUCGAAUGUACUGAUAUUAAGUUUUUUUCGGUGUUAAAGAUUUAAGUGAACUCUGUCGGGUGAUCGAAAAUAAUCAAGGACUCUAGCGUGCUCAGUGGGAAAACAAGUGAUUAAUUGUUCGGCGAGAUCUUAGGCAAGAGCCGAGAUGUUGAAGAUGCGACUGCUGGUGCUAUUCUUAGCGCUAGCUUCGUCCGGAUAUGCGGAAAUAAGCACCCGUCUGGGUCCAAAUGGAUACGACUACCCGAAGCCGGACAUCCCUUUCCCAGCACCCACUACUCCUAGGCCUUGUCCGUUUGGAGGAGUUCCUCCGUACUGCUGCACCAAUGGCGGACAGGGACCAAACUGUAUUGUCCCCACGCCUUCUACACCAAGACCUUGCCCAGCAGGAGGUGUCCCACCAUACUGCUGUACCAAUGGAGGACAAGGUCCUAACUGCGUGAUCCCUGGUCCUCCACCCACACGUCCACCACCACCUCCGCAACCAUGUCCGUACGGAGGGGUUCCGCCAUACUGUUGUACUAACGGUGGGCAAGGUCCAAACUGCGCGCUACCAACUCCUGCACCUACAACACCACGACCAUGCCCGUUCGGCGGAGUUCCGCCAUAUUGCUGUACCAACGGAGGGCAAGGUCCUAACUGCGUGGUCCCCAGUCCACCACCUACACGUCCACCUCCACCACCGCCGACAUGUCCAUAUGGUGGAGUUCCGCCGCACUGUUGUACUAACGGCGGUCAAGGUCCCAAUUGUGUGGUACCAACUCCUGCACCCACUACACCACGACCCUGCCCGUUCGGUGGAGUUCCACCAUAUUGCUGCACAAAUGGAGGACAAGGUCCUAACUGCGUGGUCCCAACUCCUCCACCCACACGUCCACCUCCACCACCACCGACAUGUCCAUAUGGUGGAGUCCCGCCACAUUGUUGUACUAAUGGUGGACAAGGUCCGAACUGCGCGCUACCAACUCCUGCACCCACUACACCACGGCCAUGCCCGUUCGGCGGAGUUCCACCAUAUUGCUGCACAAAUGGAGGACAAGGUCCUAACUGCGUCGUCCCUGGUCCACCACCAACACGUCCACCUCCACCAACACGACCACCUCCACCGCCACCAGCGUGUCCAUAUGGAGGUGUCCCGCCAUACUGUUGCACCAACGGUGGACAAGGACCCAAUUGUGCACUACCAACUCCAGCACCUACCACACCAAGACCAUGUCCAUUCGGCGGAGUCCCACCAUAUUGUUGCACAAACGGAGGUCAAGGACCAAACUGUGUCGUUCCGUCACCGCCAACUCCAGCACCCACAACCCCACGACCGUGUCCAUUUGGAGGAGUUCCACCGUACUGUUGCACGAAUGGAGGACGAGGACCCGAUUGUGCAAUUCCCAUUCCGGCUCCAACAACACCUAGGCCCUGUCCUGCUGGAGGUGUCCCACCAUACUGUUGCACCAACGGAGGAACCGGUCCCAACUGUUACGUUCCAGCCCCACCAAUACCGCCCCCAACUCGGCCACCACCACCUCCACCAGGGAAAGACAACGAAUAUUUACCACCUUGCAAUAACGGAGGCCAAGGUCCAAAUUGUAUCAUUCCUACUCGACCAACACAACGACCUCCACCACCGACACCCGCUCCCUGUCCAUUCGGCGGAGUUCCUCCAUAUUGCUGUACCAAUGGAGGUCAAGGACCAAACUGUGUGGUACCUACGCGACCUACACCAGCACCGACGACAACCGCACCCUGUCCAUUCGGUGGAGUUCCUCCUUACUGCUGUACUAACGGAGGACAAGGUCCAAAUUGCGUUGUUCCUACUCGACCAACAUCGCGACCUCCACCGCCAACACCAGCUCCCUGUCCCUUCGGAGGAGUUCCCCCAUAUUGCUGUACCAACGGUGGUCAAGGACCGAAUUGUGUUGUACCUACUCGACCUACCCCAGCACCGACCACAACCGCACCCUGUCCAUUCGGUGGAGUUCCUCCCUAUUGCUGCACAAACGGUGGUCAAGGACCGAAUUGUGUCGUUCCAACUCGACCAACACAACGACCUCCAACGACAACCGCGCCCUGUCCGUUCGGUGGGGUUCCUCCAUAUUGCUGCACCAACGGUGGCCAGGGACCGAAUUGUGUUGUACCAACGCGACCUACACCAGCACCAACGACAAUCGCGCCCUGCAAAUUCGGUGGAGUUCCACCAUAUUGCUGCACCAACGGUGGUCAAGGACCAAAUUGUAUUGUUCCCACGAGACCAACGCCUUCCAAACCAACGCAAAGUAAUGAGUAUCUGCCUCCAACACAGCCUCCACGACCAACCACACCUACUUGUCCUUAUGGAGGGGUACCCCCGCACUGUUGUACUAAUGGAGGACAGGGACCAAAUUGCGUCGUACCCACGCAGCCACCAAGACCAACCACUCCAGCUGGUUGCCCAUAUGGUGGAGUUCCACCCUACUGUUGCACGAAUGGUGGCCAAGGACCGAAUUGUAUCGUUCCAACACAGCCACCACGACCAACAACACCAACCUGUCCAUUUGGUGGAGUACCUCCAGAUUGUUGCACCAACGGUGGACAAGGACCAAACUGUGUCGUUCCCAGUCGCCCAACCUACCCACCACCAACUCAGCCCCCCAGCUGUCCUUAUGGUGGCAUUCCUCCUUACUGUUGUACUAAUGGAGGACAAGGCCCCAAUUGUGUUGUUCCUACCCGACCUACUUCCCCUCCAGUGACCAGACCUCCACCAACCCAACCACCUAGCUGUCCGAGUGGUGGAGUUCCCCCAUAUUGCUGCACCAAUGGAGGACAGGGUCCUAACUGUGUCGUUCCUAGCCGCCCUACUUAUCCACCUCCAACGCAACCUCCACGGUGUCCUGCUGGGGGAGUUCCCCCUUACUGCUGUACGAACGGUGGACAGGGACCGAACUGCGAACUGCCGCCAUCACACACGUUAGACCAAGAUGGAUACAAAUACAAAGUGCCCAGUAAACCGUUCAACUACUAGGCUUCCAGCGCAUCGUAUCGUUCUCGUGUAUGUAACAUAGUUGAAUUAAGCAAACGAGUCAACAGUUAACGCUUCUGUGAAUAACAUUGUAAGAUAAAAGGGCAACCUUUGUAUAAAAGUGCAUAUUUAUGUUUAUAAAGCAACCGUGAAAUACUCGAA